CAAAAAAAAAUAGGGGGAAACAGAAAAGCCGUGAGCACCUCUUCCUAUAAUUGCUCCAAAUUCUCUUGGAUUUCAUUCCAUUACUCUAAUUCUGGCCGGAUUCGAUCUACUAAUCAUAUCCAGUUCAUUUGGAAUCUGAUGGACGGCAAGAGUGUUGUUAGAAUAACAAUUUUGGUAUUUAUUGAAGAUGAGUCAUAACAAAAGGUGUCAUCUUGGAUAAAUUUGGCUUUCUACUGGAGAUAAUUAGGUUGCGCAGUGCCAUUUGUACGUGGAAGAUGGGAGGAGCUAUGACAGGGGUUCUGAACAAGUUCUUCAUUGCAUCCUUGUGUAUGUUGGCUACUCCAAUUGCUGUUCUGUAUGGUUUUCAGAAUAACUUAUUCCCUGGUUCUUCUGGCAUGUCUCCUGAGGCCAUGACUCUGUGGAGUGGAAUUGUCGCCGUCAUCUCUGUCAAUGUGGUUAUAGGAUUCUACAUUUAUAUGGCAAUAAAAGAGCCUUCAGGCAAGCAUGAGCCGGAUCCUAAAUUCCUCACAGAUGCAAAGGCUAGCAUGAAGCAGUCAUCGGUAGAUCGUGCAAAACAAGAAUAGUUGGAAUUGACCAACUGCAAACCCAUUUAGUUUCUCAAAGAAAAUGAAACAAUCACGAGAACAAGCAUGAUACAUGAGCACAUGGGUGAUCUUUUUAGAGUUCGUAAAAGAGCAUGAUAGGUUUAACAUUUUGCUGAUCAUUGUUUGGAUGUUUAAGUGUAGCUUUAAGCCUACUUAACUGUACCAAGAAAGAAAUAGAUAGGUUCUAUCCUCUAUAUUGUUUCUGAAACUUGAAUAUUAUCUGCAUCUGAUAUUCAAACAGACGUGCUAUGAUCAUAUUUGUUUUCAUUUCUUUGUCUGCUCUUGUUUGUAUAUACGAGUCUCUUUGAUUCGCUCUCAGUUUGCCAAUCCAGCAUUCACACAUUUGGGACGGUGUUCAAACCAUAAACUAUAGUUGCUGCUGAUAUUCAAAUCGUCGGAUGCUUGAUGGUCCUUCUUCCUUUUCUACACAAGUGUUUCUUUCCCACCCUACCCAAAUUCUCCGCGCCCUACUUACAUAGUAACGCCCGUUGUUACUUCCAUUGCUCGAAAUCCAAUCAAUUUCUAUCAAUACAGGCACACCCAAACGAUGGCCUUAUUGAUUUCUUCGACCGCCUUCUCCAACACUGCAUCAGCGGCAUUAACGAAAGCUUUAAUCUUGACCGACCCGUUAAACAGAUUCACACGCAAAUUAUACUCACAUGCUCGUUGUCUUCGGCGUUCUUGUCAGCCAGACUUAUUUCUGUAUACGCCAAACUCUCCCUGUUGAAUGAUGCGCAAAAGGUGUUUGAUACUUCUCCUGAAGAUUGCUUUUUUAGCUGUCUUUUCUGGAAUUCGAUGUUGCGUGCUAAUGUUUCGGCUUUUAGAUACGGAAAUGCAGAGGAAUUAUAUCGUCAAAUGCGUGAACUUAAUGUUCAGCCUGACGGAUUUGGUUUUCCGCUGAUUAUAAGGGCGUGUGCGAUGAGCGGUGAUGUAAGAUUAUGCAAAAUUGUUCAUCGCCAUGUCAUACAAAUGGGUUUUGCGAAUAAUAUGCAUGUUAGUAAUGAGUUGAUGAGAAUGUAUGGGGAGAUUGGACGGACGGAUGUUGCAUUACAGGUAUUUGAUAGGAUGCCUCUGAGAAGUCGUGUUUCUUGGAAUGUUAUGGUGUCGGUUUAUGCCAAGAAUUAUGACUGUGAUGCUGCAUUUGCUGUGCUUUGCAGAAUGGAGAAUGAGGGGUGGGAACCGAAUUCUGUGACUUGGACUUCAUUAAUUUCCAGUUUUGCUAGGUGUGGGAUUACCGAGAAGACAUGGGAGUGUUUUGUUUUGAUGAAAGAUAGAGGGUUUGAUGCUACUGCUGAAUCAAUAGCUGUUGUCAUAUCGGUGUGCGGUGAGAUGCCCAGUAAAGGUGAGAUUGUGCAUGGACAUGUAAUAACAGCUGGUUUUGAGAAGUAUAUAUUUGUGAGGAAUGCACUUAUAAGCAUGUACGGGAGAAACGGUGCUGUAGAAAAGGCAGAAUAUCUGUUCUCUGGACUGGAAUCCCAGAGUAUAGUGAGCUGGAACUCAUUAAUAUCGGCCUAUGCUCAGUCAGGUCUGUGUGAUGAGGCGUUUUCUGUAUUUAUGAGGUUGGAGAGUUUAAACAACAAUUUGACAGUAGGCCCGAAUGUGGUUAGUUGGACUGCUGUUAUUAAUGGAUUUGCGGCUAGCGGACGGCAUAAGGAGACUCUGGACCUAUUCCGGCGUAUGCAGUUUGCUCAAGUGCAAGCCAAUGCUGUAACAGUUGCAGGUGUGCUCUCAGUUUCUGCCGAGCUGUCUGCUCUGCGUCUUGGUAGAGAACUACAUGCCCAUGCAAUCAGAGUUUUGAUGGAUAGUGAUAUGCUGGUAACCAAUGGUCUGAUUAACAUGUACAUGAAAUGUGGUAGCCUGAGGACAGGACAUUCGGUAUUUGAAAGAAUGGUUUACCGGGACAUAACCUCAUGGAACAUAAUAAUCACUGGGUAUGGAAUACAUGGACUUGGGGAUAGGGCUCUGAAAAUCUUCCAUCAGAUGGUGAAUGCCGGGGUUAAGCCUGAUGAAGUCACUUUUGUUGCUGUUCUUUCCACUUGUAGUCACUCAGGUCUCAUUACCGAAGGUCAUCAGCUUUUUCACCAGAUGACCCAAGAUUUUCAAAUUGAACCCCAAGUAGAACACUAUGCUUGCAUGGUCGAUCUGUUUGGCCGUGCUGGACUUCUACAAGAAGCAAGCGACGUCUUGAAACGCAUGCCUAUAGAACCCAACGCACAGGUCUGGGGAGCCCUGUUGAAUUCUUGCAGAAUGCACAAGAAUACAGACAUUGCAGAAGAGACUGCUUCUCAGAUCUUUAAUCUCAACUCUGAGGUAACCGGCAGCUAUAUGUUGCUCUCAAAUUUAUAUGCAGCAAGCGGAAGGUGGGACGAUUCUGCAAAGGUGAGGCUCUCCGCUAAGACGAGAGGCCUGAGGAAAAUCCCAGGACAAAGUUGGAUAGAGGUGAAGAAGAAGUUCCACUGUUUCUCAGCUGGAAAAGCUUUGACAUCCGAGAUGGAAGAACUUCAUGGAGUACUUGAAGAGUUGAACCUGCAGAUGGUGAUGGAGAGCCAUGGAUUCUUUGAGCCAUGCUGAAACUGAAGAAAAAUUAAAGCUUUUCUGAACAAAUCAUUCACUUCAUUUUUUUUGUUUUUUUUGUGAGUGAAAUGAAUUUCAAUUAUCGACAAUUAGUAUACCUUAAUUAUCAAUAUCAAAUAUGUAUAACUAACAAAUAAUUAUUAU